UAGGCUUAUAAAGUUAGUACAAGCUAACCUUAUCCUUGACACCUGUCAAACCAAAACCCUCAACUCAACAAUGGAUGCUUUACUCCAAUAGUUACAUUGUUCCAAUUCCUUUCUCAACUCUUCAUCUUUCACAAACUCAAUGGCUUCUACUACACCUUCUGUUUCCUCUUACAUCUGCAACAGAAUCUACAACCUUUCAUCCACACACUCUUCCAUUUCUCUCACCACAAACUUCCCUCAAAGACCCAUAUCCUAUAAACCCCUCAAUCUCAUCCUCAAGUCUCAAAGUUUCACUCUUUCCCCUCUCACACUUCAAUCUCUUCAACCCCCAUUCGCUGCAGCAGAUGCAUUUGAAACUAAUGUAGACACCACAGUUUCUCAACAAGAGGAACAAGAAACAGAAACAGAACAGGAAACAUCUGAUGAACCAAAGAAAGAGGAAGAACAGAAAGUGUCAACCUCAGACAAUGCUGGAAGACUCUACGUUGGAAAUUUGCCGUUUCGAAUGACUUCUGCUCAAUUGUCUGAGAUCUUUGCAGAAGCUGGCACUGUCGUCUCUGUUGAGGUGGUGUAUGAUCGAGUUACCGCCAGAAGUAGAGGAUUUGCAUUUGUUACAAUGAAGAGUGUUGAAGAUGCUAAAGCAGCAAUUCAAAUGUUUGAUGGUUCUCAAGUUGGUGGUAGGAGUGCUAAGGUGAACUUUCCAGAAGUGCCCAUAGGAGGUGAAAGGUUAGUAAUGGGAAAAAUAAAUAGAAACAAAUACAAAGGCUUUGUAGACAGUCCUCACAAGAUGUAUGCUGGAAACCUUGGCUGGGAACUGGACUCUCAGGAUCUUAGAGAUGCCUUUGCUGAACAGCCGGGAUUACUGGGUGCUCGAGUCGUCUAUGAGAAGGACAAUGGAAGAUCUCGAGGUUUUGGAUUCGUUACUUUUGAAACUGCUGAGGAUUUACAGGCUGCUUUGAAGGCUAUGAACGGCGUGGAGGUUCAGGAUCGGCCGCUGCGAUUGAAUUUGGCUGCAGAGAGGAAACCUUCUUCUCCUCCUCCAGUAAUUGAGGAAAGUACAGCAAGCAAUGUUGAUAGUUCACCUUCAUCUCCUCCUCCAGUAAUUGAGGAAAGUACAGCAAGCAAUGUUGAUAGUUCACCUUCAUCCCCUCCUCCAGUAAUUGAGGUAAGUACAGCAAGCAAUGUUGAUAGUUCGGAAUUGGUGUCUAGCGCAAGUGCAUGAGAAAAUAUGUUUGAUCAAAGUUUUGCCUACAAAAUGCACAUCAUUUAGCUUUUCUUUUCUCUAAACUAUAUUAUCUGUCAAAGUGACUUGUACACUAGAUUUUCAGACAGUUGUGAGAUCUAUACAUAUGAGGGGUUAAUGUCAA